AUGGUUUCCAAAGUAAAACCAGCAAAAUUUUAUCGUAACCGUCGCAAAAGGAUCAGAAUAAUUGGCCAUACGCAAGAAAUAGAAGACCCGUGCCUAAGCCCUAAUUUUCCAGACGAAAUCAUUGUUGAAAUCCUUUCAAGGCUACCCGCUAAAUCCUUGGGGAAAUUCAAUUGCGUUUCGAAACCAUGGCGUUCUUUAAUCUCAGGCCAGAAUUUCAUCAAAGCCCAUCUCUCAAUAGCAUCUGGAAGGGAUGAUCUCGGUCACCACAGUAUCAUAUUUGAUGUUAUGCAAAGGAGUGGCCCCAACAAGCUGAAGCAAUGUUCAAUAUUUUGUUUCUGUGAAACCCUUGUACCAAGAAAUCUAAACAGAUUGCGUGGUUUUUAUUUGAAAAAGAGACGUUGGUAUUGUAUGACUUCUGGGUUUGGUUAUGAUGAGUUGAAUGAUGAUUAUAAAGUUGUCUGCAUUUGUGUUCCAAGUGGACAUCUUCAACCUGUGAUUGAAGCUAGAGUCUAUAGUCUAAAGCAUGAUCGUUGGAAUCGGCUUGAGGACUGUAAAGUUGACGAUGGGUCUAUGGAUUCAUUUCAUUAUGCUAGUGGAAAUGUCCAUUGGGCUGCAAGGCACAGAAGUGAUAUAUUUGGGAAGAUUCUUAGCUUUGAUCUGGCAAAUGAGACAUUUGGAGAAAUGAAGCUUCCCCAAGUAAUGAACUCUUCGUAUAGUUGGUCGAUUGGAGUGUUGGGAGGAUGUCUUUCGGCACUUUAUAGUUCUGAAGAUUGUGUAGAUGUGUGGAUUAUGAAGAAAUAUGGAAUUGAAGACUCCUGGACUAAAAUAAUUUCCGUCCCUUGUAUAGAUUAUCCUGAAGAUUUUUAUUUAUCUUGGCCUGUUUGCUUGUUCGGGAAUGGUGAUAUACUGUUGAUCAUCUGUUCAGUGUCGGCACUCUAUAAUCCACAGAGCAAUACAUUCAGGCAAUAUGCUCAUAUAAAUAGUCUUCUUGAAGUGAGCAUGUACAUUGAGAGUUUAGUUUCACCUGGAAAACAGAGGCAGCUACGGUGA